CUGAUAAAUGACCACUACUGUUUUUUCUUUCUACGUGCCAACAGUGGCUAACAUUAGCAUUAGCUUCAUUCAGCCAUUAACACACGAGUGAAGAGACGAACAGUGGACUGAGAGCAGAGACGAAGAUGUUUAAAAACACAUUUCAAAGUGGAUUCUUGUCCGUCCUGUACAGUGUUGGCAGCAAACCUCUGGACAUCUGGGAUAAAAAGGUGAGGAACGGUCACAUCAAGAGGGUCACAGACGAGGACAUCUGCUCACUGGUGCUGGAGGUCGUGGGGACAAACAUCAGCACCACGUAUUUAUCAUGUCCUGCAGACCCAGAGAAGACACUGGGCAUCAAACUUCCUGUUCUGGUCAUGAUCAUCAAAAACCUCAAGAAGUACUUCACCUUCGAAGUCCAGGUGUUAGAUGAUAAAAACGUUCGCCGGAGGUUUCGGGCGAGUAAUUUUCAGAGUGUGACACGAGUGAACACGUUUACCUGCACCAUGCCCAUGAGACUGGACACAGGCUGGAACCAGAUCCAGUUCGACCUGUCGGACUUCACCAGGAUGGCCUACGGGACCAACUACACAGAGACACUGCGUGUGCAGAUCAACGCUAACUGUCGCAUAAGGAGAGUGUUCUUUGCAGACCGACUGUACUCUGAGGACGAGUUCCCAGCAGAGUUUAAACUCUACCUGCCUGUUCAGACCCAGACAGCUAAGCAGUAAAGACUCUGUCCCUGCUCUGAUGUGGAGCUGUGAGAUUUAUCUGUGUGAAGAGUCCUGAUGAAGUUUAAAAACCUGGUGAUAGUUUUAUUUGUGGGAGUUUGAGUUUACACGAUAAAGUUUGUUCUGGACUCGUCUGUCGUCACGGUUGAUGCAUGCUGCAGACAGACUGAAGGGACCAGCUCUUCCUCUUAAAGAUACAGAGAUAAGUACACAAGUAUAUUUAUAUAUUUGGAUCCCCAUCUGUCACUACCAAGGUAGCAGCUACACUUCCUGGGUCCACACAAGCAAAUGUUAC